AUGAAGCUCCGCGACCGCCGCAAGAACACCUUCAUACGGUGCGUUGAUGCCCCCGGUCUCCUCCUCACUUGCAAGCAGAUCUACAGCGAGGCGACUGGCAUCUACUACUCCAUGAGCACAUUCGAAGUCUGGUACUCCUCCACUCGCCUCGCACGUAGGUCCGGCAAUACUACCACUCGCUUGCCUGAGUUCCUGCACGGUAUUGGUAAGGCGAAGAGGGAUCUCAUCACAGCACUUGGAGCAUGGUCCCUGUGGCCGGUCUGCGUGGGGCGUGGAUCGUUGUCUCACCAUAUUGAGGGAGGCGAAGAUGGAGGUAUCGGAGAAGGGGAGCCAGUGUAUACUGGUGAGCCGGUCAAGACUUAUCGUGAGUACUUGGCGAGACCUAAGAAGGAGAAGGAGGAGAGGCAGAGGGAGAGAGAAGGCAGAAGGCAGAAGAUGUUGGAGAGGAUGAGGGAGCUGAGAGCGAGGGAGAGGAAGGGGAACGGGAAGGUGAGAACGAAGGCGAAGGCUAAGCGAGGUUUGGAGAAGGUGGCUGGAUCGGCCAGCUGA